UUUUGUGUUGCUCGGGCUAAGCCUAAUUAGAGUUGCUGUCCGAGUACGCUUCGACCAUUAAUCAAGCUGCCUGUCCUCUCGGUGUGCUUUACUGCAGCCUCUGACGCUCAGCCAGGACCCAAAAAAACAUUUUUGUCCCCCACCCUCUGUGCAUCUCAUCAGGGUGCCGGUCACCCAUUGGCAGAAACGCAUCACACAAUGUAGGCGCGCUUCAAGAGUUCAUUGAACUCUUCAUUGGUUUAGCCUCUACGAUGGGUAUGCGUGCACCCCUCUCUCCAGGCUCACUCGGCCGGCAGUUGCUCGGCGUCUUGCUCAGAGUUGUUGUUCAUCCGUGGAGGAGAUUAUUACAUCCUCUAUGACCUACUUUCACUCUAAUUAGAAUAUGCAGUAGUCUGGUCUUAAUUACAUUGCAGUCACCCAUGAGUGACCGGAUGCAUGAGAUUACUACCUCUUUUUUUCUUUUUUUAUUUAAAGUAAUUGCAAGUUGAAGUCGUCUCUUUACUCUUGAGAAUUCACUCAUGGGAAAUAUCUGUAUAUAGUGUGCGUGUGGUCUGAAGCGGAGGGGAUGGAUGUCAGCUUGGCGCUAGGGGGCCAGGACAGUGGUCUUCUGGCCAACAGUGCAGACCGUCUGAAGCAUCCUUGUGAGGAGCAGGAUCGAAGCUCCAGCCCUUCUGUCCUACGGUGUGUGACCAGCACAUGGAAGGAUGGCCUACUGAACAGAAAACGUCCAUUUGUUGGGAGAUGCUGUCACUCAUGCACACCACAGAGUCAGGAAUGGCUUUUUAACUCAAGCAUCCCCUCAUUAGGCCUCCGUAAUGUGAUUUACAUCAAUGAAACUCACACAAGACACAGAGGCUGGCUGGCACGGAGGCUCAGUUACGUGCUCUUUGUCCUGGAGAGGGAUGUCCGCAAGGACAUGUUCGCCCGCAAUGUGGUGGAUAAUGUCCUCAACAGCAGCAAAGUACAGACUGCUAUAGUGGAUGUGGCAUCAGAGGCCAGUGCUGCAGAUCUGGAGGCUGGAGCUGACCAGAAGGCCAUCAGUAAAGUGAGACGUAAGGCCAGAAACUUUCUGCAGGAAAUGGUGGCCAGUAUCUCCCCGAGCCUCAUCAGGUUAACAGGGUGGACAUUGCUGAAACUGUUCAAUGGCUUCUUCUGGAGCAUACAGAUUCACAAAGGACAGCUGGAGAUGUUGAAAAAAGCUGCCACUGAGCACAAUGCUCCACUGGUUUUCCUCCCUGUACACAAGUCACACAUUGACUACCUUCUCAUCACCUUCAUCCUGUUCUGUCACAACAUCAAAGCCCCACACAUCGCUGCUGGCAACAAUCUCAACAUCCCAAUCUUCAGCACGCUGAUCCGUAAACUGGGAGGAUUCUUUAUUCGCCGUAAAUUGGACGAGACCUCAGACGGGAAGAAAGAUGUGCUGUACAGAUCGCUGUUAUAUUCAUACACAGAGGAAUUGUUGCGGCAGCAGCAGUUUUUGGAGGUGUAUCUGGAGGGCACGCGCUCACGCAGUGGGAAACCAUCUCCAGCACGGGCGGGUAUGCUCUCCAUCGUGGUGGAUGCACUGUGUGCGGGCAGCAUUCCAGAUGUGCUCAUCGUCCCUGUAGGCAUCUCCUACGACCGCAUCCUCGAGGGGAAUUACAACAGCGAGCAGCUGGGUAAGCCUAAGAAGAAUGAGAGCCUGUGGGGAGUUGCCUGUGGAGUGUUUAGGAUGCUCCGGAAGAAUUACGGCUGUGUGCGUGUGGACUUCACUCAGCCUUUCUCCCUCAAGGAGUACCUCGACACACAGCACAGCCGGAAUCUCCCAGCUUCUCUCACUUUGGAGCAGGUUCUCAUCCCUACCAUCAUCGCAGCAAGGCCAGAUCAGGCACUGUUUAACGGAGAAGAAGAGGAGCACCCAGACUCCAGAGAGCUAUUUGACGAGCCCUGGAGGAGGCAGAUCAUCUCAAACCUGGCCAAGCAUGUUCUCUUUACUGCCAGCAAGUCUUCAGCGAUCAUGUCCACUCAUAUUGUGGCCUGUCUCCUACUGUACAGGCACAGACAGGGAGUAUUACUGUCAAAGCUUGUGGAGGAUUUCUUCAAUAUGAAGGAGGAGAUCCUGUCACGGGACUUUGACCUGGGUUUCUCAGGGAAUUCAGAGGAUGUAGUGAUGCAUGCGCUUAAUCUUCUGGGCAAUUGUGUGAAUGUGACCAGCACUAACAGAAACACUGAAUUCAUCAUCGCUCCCAGCAACACCGUUCCUGCACUCUUUGAGCUCAAUUUCUACAGCAAUGGUCUUUUCCACGUCUUCAUUGCUGACGCCAUCAUAGCAUGUAGCACCCUGGCUAUGCUGAGGGAACAGGCUGCAGAGGCAUGUAAUGGUGAACUUGGCUCCUCCUCCACUCUGCUUAGCCAAGAGAGACUUAUUCGCAGAGCAGCGGGCCUCUCCCACUUUCUCUCCAAUGAAGUGCAGGUUGCUAUGCCCUGUCAGACCAUCUACCAGGUCUUCCAGGAUGCUGUGACCAGGCUGAUCGAGUAUGGUGUGCUGAUUGUGGCUGAAGAGGACCAGGAAGAGCUGAGCCCCUCAGAGGAACCGUGGCCUAAGAAAUUCCCUGAGCCCCUGUCCUGGAGGAGCGAUGAGGAGGAUGAAGACAGUGAUUUUGGAGAGGAACAAAGGGACCGCUAUCUAAAGGUGAGCCCGUUGCCAGAGCACCAGGAGUUCUUCACAUUUCUUCAGCGAGUGAUCAGUCCAGUGCUGGAGGCCUACAGUGGGGCAGCUAUCUUUGUGCACAGUCUGCUAUCACCCAUGGCAGAGAGAGAAUACACUCAGAAGCUUUUCCGAUACCUCCUCACACGCACAGAGAAAGGAGUGGCAGCAUUCGGAGAAAGUGCUACACACUACCUCGUGAAAAAUACAGUGAAGACGUUUAAAGAGCUGGGGGUGCUGAAGGAGCGUUGUGAAGAUGGUGUGUGUCGUCUGGAGCUGAGCACUACGUUCCAACCUCAGGCCAACAGGAACAAGCUCCUGCAUUACAUCCUGGGCUUCAGUCUGCUAUGAGCCUGCGGUAGGGCAGUCAUACUAUUAACCCCCUAUGUCUUGCUCAAGGGCUUCUCCUCUCCUGGCUACUCACAACAGUCAAAGGUGCUACUUUAUGGAAAGCUUUACCCAGAAGUGCCUUCAGAAAAACAACUAGGACUGGACUGAGCCUGCAUUGCCCUUCGUCAGAUGCUUUCCCAGACGCCCACACCCGAGUGCAGAAACUCAUUCAACGCACUCAUUCCUGCUCAUUUGCAAGGGACCUUUUUCCAGACAGCUGUGUGCAAAAUAUUCCUGUUCCUGUCUGGUUUGCUUGUCCUUUGCCAUAGAGUUUUUUCACAUUUUCCUGUUUAAUCGCUACACUCUGAGCCAGUCUGCUUGGUUCCCGCUAAAUCUCGGAUGUGUAUGUGAAUGUCACUCUUUAUUCAUACAGGUUGCCUUCAGUUUAAACCAGUCUGCUGUACAGAAGACAGCUGGUGUAGGUUUUCACUUUUAAGGGCAUUGAAUUCACUCGUACUGUUGGACAGAAUGUGUGUAGAUAUAAUGUAUCUUUAGCCUUUCAUAGAUUGUCAUGUAAAUGUAUUAGAUGUAAAGGAAUAUUUAAACAUUCAAUAAGCUGUGUGUUUGACUCAUGAACUGCUACCUUGUUCUAUCUAAAAGUUGCUGAAUGGAAAGUGACAUGCAUUUCCGUAUAUAUGGGAAAUUCCCUAUUAAAUCAUCACUCUGUCACAGAAAGUAAUCUGAAGGCCACAGAUUAUUCAGGAGAAAAGGUCAUAGUUAGUUUAUAUGUGCAUGUUUGCUGAAUAGAGAAAAGCUAAGGGCCAGUCUGGUAAAGGCCAGUUUUUAAUCGCCUGUUAGUGGAUCUUCUUUUCUUGUUUUUUGUUUUUGUUUGUUUUAAAGUAGCACCGUAGUUCUGUUAAAAUCAUGCAGUAGUGUAAGAAUACUGGGAUUUUGGAUCAAGGUUUCCCUCUUUGUACAUAUCUGUCAUGCCAGGACCUUAACAUUUAUAAAAAGUACAAAUUAGAAAUGAAAUUAUCUGGAUCAGCCUUUUAAAGAAAUACAGCACAUAGAUGUGCAGUAAAAUGUAAAACCUUACAUUAUUCUCUUCCUGAGUACAGUAAAUAUUCUAUCUCCAGUCAGUUUUAGACAUGGGCCCAAUGCUUAUCAUUGUACAUCCCCAUUGUAAUUAUACAUACCUUAUGCUGUAAGUGUUGCAGUAUGCCACUACAACAACAAAAAAAACAAAAAAGCUUUUAAUUUGCUUAGUAUUUGAAGAAUAUGGGUUCACUUGCUGAAGCUUUACUGCAUUACGUCAGUGCACUAUAAAAAAAAAAACUUUAUCCUGUCCGCAUAAAAAAAAUAUGUUUUUGACAGUUUAGACAUAGCCAUGAUUGCCCCUGUUUCUAUGCACUUACUUUUUACGUUUUCUUUUUUCCUCAGGCCAGGAGCUCUUAAUGGGCAUUUAGGUGCACACAGUGUGCAGCUUUGUAUGAUAUAUAUGUUACAGUAUUUCUGCUUUUUACCCUGCCAAACACAAAAAAUAAAAAACAGUGCUGAAUAGGCAGAUGAUCAAGGUACAAAGGAAUAAACCACUGAACUAAGCUCACAUCUAAAUGCAUGUCCUACACCAGCUAGUUAGCAUCAGUCUUUUUCUAAAAUAACAAUAAGAAUAAUGUUAAUAGUAACUCUCUCUCUUUAUUGCAAUAGGGUGUGUCGUGUUGUAUGGAAAUGCUAAAACUGAUCAAAUAGUUUUGCUGCUUGCUCCAUGUUGAGUUUUAAUGUCUUGUGUAGUUUGUGUGCGUUUUUUUUUUUUGUUUACUGUGAUAUGAACUUUUAUAUUGACCUUCACCAAACCACAUACUGAAAGUAAGACCCUGUUUACACCUGGUCACUUUAUGCAUUUUGAGUAUCAGGAUUAUAUCUGGAUCCUGAAUGACUGUGCAAGUGUAAACGCUCCGAAUAUGCAUUUAAUCAGACACAAACCACUUUGAUCACGCACACCAUUUCAGGAGGUGGCCUAAGAUGCAUUUGAGCCACAUGAGCUCUUCAGGCUGCAGACUGUGCUCACGAGAAGUAACUAUGCUGGAGGCAGAGUGAGGAAGAGUUCCACAGUAAACAUACACACCAAACUACUUCAUAUCCUUGGACAAAUGAGUGCAGAAAAUCCGUCAAGGUACUUCUUCCCAUUCAUUGUCCCCCUUCUAAUCUAGAUACUGCUUACAUGACAUGAUCAGGUGUAAUCAGGGUCUAGUCUAACAUUCUGGUACUUAAAAGCAUUUACAUGAGUCCUGAAGACAGUGUUUUUGUUUUCAUUAAUGUUUUUUUAGGAUGCUUAUAACAAUGUUUUCUACUUCUGUGAUGUUUAUAGAGAAAUAAUCUCGUAGACGUUGCUUACUGGAUAGUGCACUACUAUUUAUUAUUUUCUGUGGUUUAGUCUUCACGACUCCUGCCUAUAAUAGAUUGAGAAAUGGGUGGAGAAUGAUGUAAAUGCAGGUGUUUGGAGGAGUAUUUUUGGACAUUUUUGGAUGCUGUGUGAGAAAUGGAGAAGUGAGGCACCUUGUGUAUAAGAUUUUACAGUUUUAAUCUGUGAAUGUGUAGCUUUUCUAGGGGGGUCCUUGUGAGAGAAGGCCCCCUCUGGAUGUGUCUGUUAAUAUAAUUGAAUGUAUUGUUGAAGUGCAGCAAGUGCAUGCUUGUGAACAGUUGUUUUUAGUCUUUAGACGUGUUUAGAAAACACACAGCUGUGAAGAAACACUGGGGUAUAUUAGUCUGUGGACGUUUGCUUGCUUGCUGAGAUCAGCAGUGCCCUGAAACUGGUUCUAAAGUGACUGUGAAUGAAAAGAGUUAUCUCUAAAGGCAAUAUACUAUUUUUUUUUCUUGGUUGAUGACUAUGUUUAUGAUGAUGUGGUGUUUUCUUUGUAACAAUGACUCAUUUGAGUAGGAAAUGCCACAGCAAUUGUCAUGCUCUCCAUCUCAAAAGCAAAUUUUUUAAACCCAGGGAGGAAAGAAAGCAGUGAUGUAAAGCAGCUGAGGAGAAGUUUCCUGAAUAAGCACAAAUGUUGAAGCAAUUACAUGCCGAUCCUGCCAUUAACACUCCCCGUUCCUCCCUCCUGCCCUUUUGUGCUGUGUGGACUGUGCUGAAAACAGUAUGAAACACGGCCCUAACCACGUUAAAACCCUGUAUAGUCAGUUCAUUACAUAUCAUCUGCUGUUUCGCUGUGAACAGUUCUUAUAUAGGAUAAAACCCCCCAACUAUAACUAAGAGAUACUUGCGUAAUUCUUCCUCUAACCCUUUACCGCUGUUAGAACAAUGACUCAUGCCUUCACGAGACAGCCGUCCGUAAUCACUGCAAGGAGAAGGGAACAGCAGCUUUAAAACAAGAUUGUUCUUCACAGUCGUUAUUAAUCAGGAAAUUUUGUGUAGUGUACAGCCGUUUUCCCCCUGGAGUUUCCUCACAUUACCAUUGCUAUUUUGGUACUAAGGUAACGAGCUAAACACCACCCCUGUCACCAGCUCUAGUUGCUCACUGUCAUCAUGUUUCCAAUGUCUGCAAAACAAUGUUUUCAAACACUGGUAAACUUUUUUUGUUUGUAAAAUAAAUGAAUCAUAGUUUAACAAAU